AUGGAGUUCCCUAAUCUAGGAGCUAACUGUUCAGUGCCAACUUGUCGAAUGCUUGAUUUCUUACCCGUUCGAUGUUCUGGAUGUCAUGGUGUUUUCUGCAAGAAUCACUAUCUGUACGAUAGUCACAACUGUAAAAGUCCCGAUCUUAAGGAUAAACAGGUUCCUGUGUGUCCCUUGUGCGGAACCAUAGUCCCUCUGAAACCAGGCGAGCUUCCAGAUGUAAAAGUCGGAAACCAUAUCGACACAGAUUGUCGGUCAAAGCCAGCUUUAGAGUUAAAAGGAAAGUUAUUCACAAAUGCUUGCUGUGUCCCACGAUGUAAAAAGAAAGAACUUAUACCUUUUGUUUGUGAUAGAUGCAAAUUAAAUUUCUGUGUUUCGCAUCGUAAUGAAUUAGAUCAUGAUUGUAAAGGAUUUCAACAAAAUCUGAAUAAUUCUAGAAAGUUGUCAACUUCUGGUGCAGCAGCUCUUUAUAGAGCUAUCUUUAGCAAUUUCAAUACAAAUUCGACUUCGAAGAAUGUAUCGCCAACAAACACGAUUCACUCAUCAUCACCUGUUGCUACUUCACUGCCAUAUAGUGUGAAUUCCCGUGAACUUCAGGAAGAAGAAGAUUUACAACUGGCUUUAGCAUUAUCUGAAUCACUUUCCAGUCGAACAUCUCAUUCACAACCAUCUAGAACAACACGUCAUAAUACCCCUUCAAAAUCGUCGUGUAAUAUUUCUUAAUUUAUUUCCUAUUUCUGUGUAUAGAGUAAACUCACUUUACGCCUCAGGUUAUAUAUGUUCAUGUACUAAUUCUUUGAAAUACAAGAUUGUGAUUAUGUUUUUCUUUCCUGGUAAUAUUUAAAAAACAAACAUGUGUCGUGAUUUUACAGCUUACUUUUUUUGACCAACACAGAUUUUUAUUUAUAAAGAAGUGAUGUAAUUUACUGUUUCAAUUUGUUCUAGUCAGAGUUCAAUAUUAUCCCCUUAUUAUUAUUAUCUAUAUUCAGUGUGGGAAUUGUGUACAAGCUUGAGUGUGA